AUGGACUUCUAUGGUGUGCUCGAGAAAUGCGGUAGCUUUGACCAUUUUCAAUAUGUUAUUUUACUUCUAUACGGCUAUACGAAUAUUCUAAGUUCCUUGCAUUACUUUUCGCAAACCCUGAUAACAUUUACACCAGAGCAUUGGUGCAAUCACAAAGAUCUGCACAAUCUAAGCGUGUCUGUAGUGCGAUCGAUAUACUCAAAUAUAACCCCGUCUUCCUGCACCCUAUUGGAGGGUGUGAUCAAUGGAACUGGAUCUGCAGUAAAGAGUGGCCAGUGUCGGGAUUGGAUAUUUCAACGUGAACAUAACUAUGAGAGCAUCACAACUGAGCUGAAAUGGGUCUGUGACAAGUCGCAUUACUCGGCGGUAGGACAAUCGUUUUUCUUCAUUGGCUCCGUUGUUGGAACUAUCAUUUUUGGAUAUCUCUCAGAUUGUAUUGGACGAAUGCCGGCAUUAUUGAUGGCCACUCUGGCGGGAGCGUCGGGUGAUUUUAUAACCUCGUUUGUUUCCAGCUUUCCACUAUUUACACUUUCACGAUUUAUUUCCGGGCUGUCAACUGAUACCAUGUACUAUUUGAUGUAUAUUUUGGUGUUCGAGUACCUCAGUCCAAAGCGUCGCACCUUCGGACUCAACAUCAUUCUCGCUUUCUUCUACUGCUUUGGCUUGGUGACUUCUCCCUGGGCAGCCAUCUGGAUAGGCAACUGGCGUCAUUACCUCUGGCUGGCCUCGUUGCCCGCCCUCGGAGUGCUCGCCUAUCCGCUACUGAUAUGUGAGAGCGCUCAGUGGCUGCUUACCAAGAAGAAAUACGAUCGUGCUGUCCAGUGUCUCAAAUGGGUGGCCAAAUUCAAUGGGCGUCAGGUGGAGGAUUCUGUCUUCGCCGAAUUCAUCAAGCACUAUCGCGAGAAGGUUAACGAGGAGCAAAAACUAACCACCCAUGAGGACACGUUUAUGGGAAUGUUCCGAACUCCGCGACUCCGACGAUUCACAUUUACAUUGAUAAUUAAAUCAGUCAUUAUCACACUGUCUUACGAUGUGAUCAAUCGAAAUAUGGAGGGUCUAGGCACCUCCCCCUUUAAGUUAUUCUCCUUCACCUCAAUCAACUAUUUGCCAGCGGGCUUGACGAUUCUCUUGCUUCAGAACGUUAUUGGACGCAAGGGAAUGGCCUGUGGUGCACUCCUUGUAGGGGGUAUUAUUACCACAGUAACGGGCUUUCUUAUUGCCUUCUUGGACCCGAAAGAAAAUUCCGUUCUACUGGCUAUUAUGAUAGGUCUGGGUCGUUAUGGCGUCACUGUCUCUUAUGAUGCGGAAAUUCAAUACGCAGCCGAGAUAAUUCCAACCAGCGUAAGAGGACGAGCUAUUUCCAAUAUACAUGUCGUUGGCUUGGCCUCCAAUUCGCUGGUCUUCUAUGUGAUUUACUUGGCCAAGUACUACAAACCAUUACCAUCAAUUUUCAUAAGCUGUUUGAUGUUCUUUGGUGCUGGACUGUGCCUGACACUGCCAGAAACAUUGAACAAGAAACUGCCCGAAACCCUUGCCGAUGCGGAAUGUUUUGCCAAAGACGAACCUUGCCUUUUAUUGCCAACCUUCGACGAACGUCACAAAAGUGUACAAGCUUCUGCUUGACAUUAACUAUGAGCGAUUUAUUAUUGUGUUUUCGAUUUUCACUGCAAUAUAUGCCAUUCACUUUAGUAUUGUGCAGUUGACGAAAGUUCGAAGCACAACUCCGACCUAUAUAUAAGUUCAUAUAUAUAAGCGAUGAAUCGGCGGAACAAAUGCUUAAAUAACGUAGCAAUAUAUGUAUCCUAAUUUACAC